UUCCGAUAUUCGUACCUCUUCGCCUCACUUCGUUUGUUAAGAACCCAAACAAGCGGGGGGAAAAAAAGCAAACGCUUGAAAUCGAACUCAGUUUCUUUCUCUCCCCCCCGCUCGCUCACUCGCUCACACGCUCAGAAUGGGGAAAGGUCCACGAUCACGAAUAAUCGCCUAUGUAUUUCCGGACAGAUUGACGGUGACUUCUGUUUUCCUCACACUCUUGUUUCUUUUAUUCUCAAUUGCCGUCGCUGAAAUCACAGAUCAAGAACUUGACGACGCCAUUGGAGCUCUUACGUCCAAUGGUUACAAUCUCUUCGCCAACGCCAUCGCCACUUCAGAUCUCCGGUACAAGCUUAUUGCCGGCGAUUCUUUCACUUUAUUCGCUCCCACCAACUCCCGUGUUUUCUCACUCGACAUGGUGACAGAAGCGACAGAUUACGUCAACGUACUCCAGUACCACGUCGUUCCCCGCCGUCUCAUGAUCUCCGAUCUACAGGAUCUCUCCAGCGGGCCCUAUCUUGAUACGCUGCUCCCUGACCACGCUCUCUUGAUCGAGAAUCGCCAGACGACAUCAACCUCGAUCUUUUCCUCUGUCAUUACUGUUGACGGCGUUAGCAUCUCCGCUCCUGGUCUUUAUAACGGAUCUGGCAUAGCCGUGCAUGGAUUGGAUGGUAUUCUUACAGUCUUGUUUCCGGCAAGAAGAUACUUCUCUAAGAAUCUAGGAUCUAUUUCUCCAGCAAUUUCACCCGACGGAUUUGUUCCACCUGUUUCAUCCACGACAGUGUCAUGGUUGUAUGCUCCGGUUAGUCCGCCCACGAGGGAAAACAUUCCAGAUUGGAAAACCACAGCCAACUCAACCUCCAAGGAUCACGGAAAGGGAAAGCACCACCACAAUCACCGUCGCCGGAAACGAUACGGAAGAAAAUCUCCCGGUCAUCAUCAACAUGACGACGAGAAAAGAUCGUCUUCUUCUUUCUUCUCCUGAGAAAAAACUCACGGUCACUGGCAUCAUCACAAUCACCGACGACGUGGCAUUUCAUCGUUUCUUUUCAUCUGAAUUUCCUCUUUAAUUCAUAUAGGCAGAUGAUCGUGUUCCCAUUCUUUGUUGUUGUUGUUCAUACGCGAAAACGGCAACCAUUUUCCUGUGAAAAACUCUUUGUAACUCCGAUUCUGUGAGCCGAUUACUGUUACCACACAUAGGUCAUGCAUUCUUUUUUUGGGAGAUGGCGAUAGUGUAACAUGUAUUCAUUUCAUGGUUUAACCGUCUGAUUCAUCAUAUACAGCA